AACUGUGCGCCACGUCCAUGUUUUCCCAACAAAAAGCCGGUCGACACGAGCCGCGCUGAGAAUAUUAAUAGGAAAUCUCAAAAAUACUCAAAAAAAUCAGGGAAAAUCCAGCUUGGAAAAAUAAUUGAUAAAUCCGCGAAAAAAGCGGUUUAGACGAAACGUACCAAAAAGGUCUCAAAAAUGUGGGGUUUUGUGAGAUGUUCGUGUUUGUUGAUGGCGUUUUUGCUUCAAAUUCACGUGAGUUAUGGUACCCUCGUGUCAGAAGACAUAUCUUUGAAAAAUGUCGAUCGUACGAUCGACCUCCAGUCCCAAUUGGCGAAAAUAACGACUAAAAUGGUGAUCGAAAAUAGUGGGAAAACGCCUAUAAGAAGCGUUCUCUUUGCCGUGGAAGAAAGCAAGAAGGACGUGUUGAGCUGGAUAUCUGCACAUACGAGGGAUGCUUCGCGAGGUGAAUUAAAGGUGAAGCUCCGUAAAGUCGACAAGCCCGGAGUAUUCUAUGAAGUUGAAUUGCGGGAUGCUUUGCAACCAGGACGCACAACUGCUGUCGAAGUAGAGACUGUAAUGACGCAUGACCUCGAGCCAUACCCCCAUCAAAUUACACAAAAGGACAAACAGUUGGUUCGCUACAGAGGCAAUCUUUAUCUGUAUUCCCCGUAUACUGUCAACAAACAAACGACUGUUGUUAAUUUACCAUCGAGAAGCAUAGAAAGUUAUACUCGAGUCAAGCCAGUCAGCCAAAAUGAUGCGACGUUGAUGUAUGGCCCGUACGACAAGAAACUACCGCUAACAGAACAAGAGUUGACAGUUCACUUUGAGAACAACAACAAAUUCUUGACGGUGAAAAGGUUGGAGCGAGUUAUCGAGGUUUCUCACUGGGGAAAUAUUGCCGUUGAAGAAACUCUCAAUGUCGUUCAUACAGGAGCUCUUCUGAAAGGCUCAUUCUCCAGAUAUGAGUACUCCAGGUCUUCUAAGGUUGGCCAACCCAGCGUACACAGUUUUGACACUGUCCUACCAGCAGCUGCUUCCGAUAUUUACUAUCGUGAUGAAAUUGGUAAUAUUUCCACAUCGCACACAAGGGUAAAGAAGGAUUCUGUUGAGGUUAACCUCAGACCCAGGUUUCCCUUAUUUGGUGGCUGGAAAACUCACUAUAUCCUUGGAUACAAUGUUCCCAGCUACGAAUAUCUGUAUCAUAACAAUGACGAGUUUGUUCUGGAAAUGAGGCUUCUGGAUCACGUGUUCGACGACAUGGUUGUUGAUGAGCUAAUUCUCAGAGUUAUUCUGCCUGAAAGUGCACGUGAUGUAGAGCUUGUUCUGCCCUAUCCGGCAACUCGGCUCCCCGACUCCUAUCACUACGCUUAUCUCGAUGUUGCUGGUCGUCCUGUAAUCUCAAUAACAAAGAAAAAUCUUGUCGAAAAUCACAUAAGCAAUUUCCAACUUAAAUAUCAUUUCUCAAGGAUUCUCAUGCUUCAAGAACCACUACUUAUCGCCAUCGCUCUUUACUUGCUCUUCCUCACGGUCAUCGUUUACGUGCGCAUGGAUUUCUCUAUCGACAAGGAUGAAGCUUCCGAAAGCAAAUUGAGAAUCGCUGGAGUUUGCGAAAAAAUCCUUGCUGCCCAAGAUCGCCGAGUCACCUCUUACAACGAGCUCGAUGAUCAACUUGCUUAUCUCAAAGCCAAUAAAGACGCCAAUGCUUUCCUCACUGCUGUCAAGAGCAUCAACGCCGAAUACAAAAACGCUACUAAUUCCGUGAACGAAUUCGCUACUAAAUUGAAAUCCGAUUCGCCCGAUGUUUACGACAAAGUUCAGGAGCUUCAAAAGUACGAUAGAAAUCUUAAGGAACUUUACAAUCAACAGCAAAAUCUCUACGUCGAAAAGCUCGUGCCUGGCAAAAUCGGUAGACCGGAAUUCGUAUACGCCGAAGCCGCCAUCGCCAAGAAGAAGGAAGAAUGUGUUGAAAAAAUCAAUUCUAUCGUUAAAUCGCUACAAUAAUUUGAACAAGUUCCAUGACUGCAGGAAGUUGGCCAUAUUGGAGAAGCACGCAAUUUCCUGGAACGACAACGUUCCUUUCACUGAUGAACCACUCGUUUUUCAUAACUGGACUAUUUCCUCAUUCCAUUCGGUCCUCUGAGAAUGGGCCACUUUUCGAACAUCAGUGCAUUUGUUUUUGAGACUUUAAUAUUCUAAACCCAGAUCAAGGGAGCACAGAAAACAAGAACUGCAAAUCUAUGAAAACUAACAGGACAACUGGCAAAGUCUGCAGAUUUUACGUACGAUUAGAACUUAAGACCACGAUUGUAACACUGUCUUGAGCUGUGUUAAUAAAACAAUUUGUAAGAAGUUA